CCUUCUUGCACUUCUAUUCUAUAGAUUCUCGAAUCACAACAAAUCUCCUCUCCUUUUGCUUCUCCAGUCCAGUACCCCUCUCCCCUUCCAUUUUCACUUACUUUUAUUCCAUACCUCGACCUAUUAUCCUACUACAAGAUGCCUACUAUUCGUUGCUUUUCUUCUCUGUUCUUUUUCUUAUUUAUGCAUUUUCUUCUGUACUUUGCAAUGGUUGAAGAACCCACAGAAUCUUCACCCGUGCAUGGCGAAUCUAUACCAGUAUAUGGCACCUCCGAGGUGAUUGCAAAGCUGCAUGAAAGAACGAAUGUAAUAAAGAAAAACGAAAAGCACGUCGGGAUGUACUCGAGUGUUUUUGGUGGGAUAACGCUCGAUCCUGCCUUGAUGGUUAUCCCAAUGGAUGAUCAUAUGAUCCAUAGGGGUCAUGGUGUGUUUGACACAACAAGGAUAGUAAAUGGGUACUUAUAUGAGGUAGAUAAGCACAUAGAAAGAUUCUUGCGGUCAGCAUCGCAAGCAAAGAUAAAUACAUUUCCCUUUCCUCAUGCCACCUUAAAGAACAUACUUUUACAACUGGUGGCAGCUUCUUUGUGCAAAAAUGGGUCGCUCAGAUUUUAUUUAAGUUCUGGACCUGGGAAUUUCUUGUUGUCACCAUCUGGUUGUCCUACUCCAACAUUUUAUGCAGUGGUAAUACAAGAGGAUUACCUCCCUUGCAAAGAAGGGGUGAAAGUAAUAACUUCAACCAUACCAAUGAAGCAACCGCUCUUUGCCACCUCGAAGAAUGUGAAUUACUUGCCAAACGUACUCUCGAAAAUGUUGGCGGAGGAGAAAGGGGCGUAUGCUGCAAUAUGGGUGGAUGAUGAAGGGUACAUAGCAGAGGGAAGCAAUUUAAAUGUUGCUUUCAUAAGUAAAGCCGGAGAACUUUUGCUCCCUUCUUUUGAGAAGAUCCUUAGUGGAAUCACCGCUAAGAAAUUGUUGGAACUGGCUCCAAAACUAGUGGAACAAAAAAUGCUGAAAAGUGUAACAGUGAAAAAUAUUACUGUUGCAGGAGCAAAGAAUGCAUCAGAAAUGAUGUAUUUGGGCAGCAAUCUACCAGUUCUACCCAUAACCAUGUGGGACGAUAAGCUCAUUGGAGAUGGUAAGGUGGGACGAUUAACUCUAGCACUUUCGGAUCUACUAUACGAAGAUAUGCUAUCAGGACCAGAAAGAACCCUGGUCUCGUAUGCCAAGAAGGUGUUUAGUAACAAGUAGGAGUUAGUGUGGCAAUUAAUUAAUUUAUAUAUUUCGAUCAAUUAAUUAAUGAUCAUGUAUGAAAAUCUGGGGGUUUCAAUCUAUAAAACAUAUUCAUCU